CACAGUGCUGACCGGUUGUCUCGCCAUGGAGCACGGAAACAAAGUGAUUUCUACGGAAUUGGAGAAAAUUCACAAGCAAAGUUUAGAAAAAGACAAUGAAGUCAAACAUGUGUAUUACAAUACCAAAACGCCGUAUCGUAGACAGGCAUUGGCGGCGCUUGGCACAGUGGUGCUCAACUGUGGAGUUGGAGCCACAGCCGGAUUCUCCGCGGUCCUCAUACCUCAGCUGAAACACGGCCGGAACAAACUCGACCACAAGCUUAACACUGAAAUGGAGUCUUGGGUAGCUGCUGCCGCCUCAUUUGCGCUUAUAUUUGGCAACCUGAUAUCGGGAUACUUGAUGGAGAGGUACGGCCGAAGAAGUUCUCAGAUUAUGCUAUCCUUUCCUUAUAUGGCCGGAUGGGCCAUCAUUGGCUUCGCAGACAAUAUAUAUUUAGUGCUACUUGGAAGAUUUAUCACUGGAUUUUGCCAAGGCUGGCUGGGUCCUUUGGGCUCGGUGUUUGUUGGAGAAGUCAGCAGUCCUGUAAAUAGAUCUGUAUUUUUAGCCGGUUUGUCACUGGCAAUAGCUUUCGGAGUGUUCAUGUCGCAUCUUUUUGGAACACUAAUGCACUGGAAGCAUGCAGCUUUACUUUGUGGAUUAUUUCCGCUAAUCGGAUGCAUUUUGACGUACUGUGUCAAAGAGUCUCCUACCUGGCUAGCAUCAAAAAACCGAGUCGAUGAUUGCAUAGAAUCAUUCCAGUGGUACCGCGGAACAAGUCCUGAGAUGAAAAAUGAACUUGACAAAAUUAUAUUUGAGCAAUCUCAAAGAGAUCAAUCGAAGAGUAAACUAAAGACCUUACUGGCAAAUAUAAGAAAGCCUGAAUUUUGGAAGCCACUCUGCAUAAUGAUCGUGUUCUUUAUAUUAACGCAGCUAACUGGAGUUAAUGUAAUUUGUGCGUAUACUACAGAGAUGAUGAAAGAACUCAUCGGGAACCACGCUAACAGAAGUACAUCGAGUGCAGCCAUGUUAAGUGUAGAUAUUCUAAGAUGCAUAUCCUUAGUUGUUGCGUGUUUCCUACUUCGUAAACUUGGUCGUCGACCAAUGGCUUUAUUCAGUGGAGCGUCUACAUGUCUUACUCUAAUAGCACUAUCUGGUUACUUAUAUCUCGUCAACAACCGUGUCAUAAGACAUAUAUCGCCAUUUGUUUCCCUAAGUCUGAUAGCUAUUUAUAUUAUUGUUUCUAAUUUUGGUGUAGUACCUUUGCCCUGGAACAUGGUCGGCGAGCUGUUUGCAACGGAGACAAGGGGUUUAGGCUCAGGCUUUAGUGUCAUGACUACCUCGGUAGCUUACUUUGGGACGAUAAAAACUGCACCUGCAAUGUUCGAAAGCAUAGGACACCACGGAACGUACCUAUUUUACGGAUUAUCUACUAUGCUGGGAACUAUAUUUUUAUUCUUCUGCUUACCUGAAACAAGAGGUAAAACUUUAAUAGAAAUCGAAGAGCACUUUAGAAACAGUGAACAAACAAAGACUAAACCUGUUCCUGAUGACGGAACUGUAUAAUCCUUUUUACUUUAAAUAUAAUACUUUUGAGGAUCUCUUUACUGUUAAUAGUCUAUUUUUACAGUUAAAAUAUUUAAAAUUAGUAAAAUUAUACAAGUUGUUAAAUAAUUACAUAGGUAGUAGUAAUUAGUUAGACUAUUUAUAAUUAGCGAUAACCGCAAAGAAAUUAUUUUUUUCGGUAAUUUGCAGCGAUUUGCAAAAUUGCAUGGACACAUUGUUAAUGAAAUGAAAUUCAUUAAUAUUAAAGUGGAUAUGCAGUUUAGCGACAGGACUUACCUGCGCCAUUAUUGUUAAUUUAAUUAUUUAUUGAAUUAAAGUCUGAUAAAAGCCAAUAACUAGAUAACAAUAUGUUCCAGUGAUAAAUAAAUGUGCCAUUAUCACGUUGUUCUAUGUACAGCCUUAGGAUUUUAUGACGAACUAUGAUUAGGAAAAACAAACUGCAGUCUAACAAUAUAUUUACUCGUGUUAUUUGUUAAAGAUUACUUCAAGGCCAGAAAAUGAAUGCUCAAAAAAAGUUAUAGAGGGAAAUGCUUGGAACACAAUUUUUGACUUCGUAACUUGUUUGGACUAGUUAGGAGGACAUAGGAACAUAUCAAGUCCCCGGCCGUAGCCCUUGAGCCGGGGGGAGGGGGGUUUGAAGGUUCCAUUUUUCGGUUUUUCGAUUAUAUCUCGGAAACUAUGGAUCUUAGCGACAUGGCCACUUAUACAAAAUGAAAGUUAAUAUAAUUUGUUACAAGUUUUAUUUAGUCAAGUUUUUCAAUAUCUUGAAUAGGUUUUGAAAUAUCCGCUCUUGAAAGUUUAUUUAGGGCUCUAAAUUUUAUCUAGAUAUCUAUAUCAGUGAAGCUGCUAGGCCAUGUUUGGUAUCGUUUUUGUAUAAAUCGGGAGUGCUGAAUCCAUUUAUAGUAUCAGAUUGAAGUAGAAUCAUUAUUUAAAUAAAAGAAUUAACUCCCCUUGAUGCUUAAACCGCUGAACCGAUUUCGUUUUGGUAUAGAAAUAGUUUGAGUCCCGGGGCAGGACAUAGGAUAGUAGGAUAGUUUUUAUAACCAAAAUCAUGUAAUCAUGCAUGGGGAAUCAAUAACCGCUGAACCGAUUUAGAUGAAAUUUGAGAUGGUCUACAUGAUUGAUUUAGUUGAAAAAGAUACCAAACAUGACUUUAAAACCCAAACUUAAACAGUAUUAACUUCAGGAAUUCACUUUCGGCUAAGAAUCUGAAUUCCCCCCACACCCCAUUUCACAACUUUAAAGGAUGAUUUUUGAGAUAAAAACUAUCUUAUGUCCUGUCUCGGGACUCAAAAUGUAUGUAUACCAAAUUUCAAUUAAACCGGUUCAGCGGUUCUAAAGCAUUCGAUCUGGUAUCGUGCGAUUUGUUAUGGGAUAAGUUAAGGAAGGAAACAAUCCUGGCACCUGAAUGCAUAUUGUUAUUACAAUACUGGUAUAACCACCAAAAAAACCAAGUAUGGUGGGGAAGCGUGGUCUCUGGGGAGUAUAGUUUGGGGUAUGGGGUGAGCUGAGAGAACCAGCUGAUUGAGGAGCUUAGUAGCACCGGAGUCGGUUGCCAUGUAGGAGGAGUGUGUAUAAAUAACCUAAGCUACGCUGACGAUAUGGUGCUGCUAAGCCCUUCAAUCAGGGCGCUCCAAAGGCUAAUUUCAAUAUGUCAAGGCUAUGCGGAACCGCAUGGCCUAAAGUACAAUGUAAAAAAAAGUGAGCUUAUGGUUUUCAAGCCCAGAUCUAAGACCUACACCAGUUUGCCUGAUGUAAACAUAUGGCACACCUCUGCUUAGAGUAAGCAAGUUUAAGUACUUAGGCCAUUGGGUUACUGAAGAUCUUAGCGAUAACUGUGAUAUAGAGAGGGAGCGUAGGUCGCUGGCCGUGCGGUGCAAUAUGCUUACCCGCAGGUUUGCACGUUGCACACACGCAGUUAAAGUAACGCUUUUCAAAGCUUACUGCCAGUAUUUCUACAUGUACAGCCUGUGGGGUAGCUAUAAGCAGCGGGCGUAAAGCGACCUGCGAGUGCAAUACAACAACGCUUUCAGGAUGCUGGUGGGGCUGCCUCGUCACUGUAGCGCCUCCGGGAUGUUUGCGGAGGCGCAAGUCGACGGCUUUGCGGCCAUCAUGCGGAAGCGGUGCGCCUCUUUACUUAGCCGCUGGCGGGGCAGCGCUAACAGUAUCAUGAUGGCGUUGUUGGAUAGGUGGGACUCCCCUCUGCUGCAGCAGUGGACAAAACUCCACACUGCAGUAAAAUAGGUUAAUUUAUACUUAGGUAUGUAGGUUAAGAUUAGUUUUGUAAAUCUUCUAACACUAUUUUAUAAGUUAGUGUAAUAUGUAACUAACAACUAUGGAUUUAUGUCCGAAAUAAAAUUCUUUUAUUAUUUAUUAUAUUAUUAUUAUUAAGCGUGAAGAGGAUUUGACAAAAAAAAGU